UGUUAAGGUUUGGGAAGGACGUAGAGAAUGUUUAUCUUAUUUGUUGUUUCUUAUUUUUUUCAAUCUCUGACGUCAGAGCAACGUCAUUGGAGAGGUGAGGGUGCUGUCCAAGGUGCUGAAUCCUGAGCCAGGUCUUUCAAUGCAGAGCAGCCACAGAUGCAACGGCUGUUAGUGUGAUUGUGAUGUGGCGAGUUUAAAGACCAGGGACAUGUGGAUUGAGUUUUGAAAAAUGUUUAAAUUUACUGAAGACGGAUACAAUUUAAGAAAUACUUAAAUAAAUACUAAAAUGGAUCUGCUUCCAGCCCAGGAAGCUGCUAAAAUCUACCACACCAACUAUGUGAGAAACUCUCGAGCCAUCGGCGUCAUGUGGGCCGUGUUCACCAUCUGUUUCGUCAUCAUCACCAUGGUGGUCUUCAUCCAGCCCUACUGGAUCGGGGACAGCGUCAACACCCCGCAGGCCGGCUACUUCGGCCUCUUCAACUACUGCAUCGGCAACGCGCUCACCUCGGAGCUCAUCUGCAAGGGCAGCGUGUUCGACUUCAGCUCCAUCCCUUCACCGGCCUUCAGGACCGCCAUGUUCUUCGUGGGGACCUCCAUGCUGCUGAUCGUGGGCACCAUGGUCUGCUUCAGCUUGUUCUUCUUCUGCAACGCCGGGAACGUCUACAAGAUCUGCGCGUGGAUGCAGCUGGCCUCAGCUGCAUUGAUGGUGAUGGGCUGCAUGAUCUACCCGGACGGCUGGGACUCUCCAGAGGUGAAAAGGAUGUGUGGUCAAAAGACGGAUAAGUACAGCCUGGGGAACUGUACAGUGCGCUGGGCCUACAUCCUGGCCAUCAUCAGCAUCCUGGACGCCAUCCUCCUGGCACUUUUGUCCUUCACCCUCGGCAACCGGCAGGACAAACUGCUGCCAGAUGACUUCGAGGUGGAGGGAGGAGCAGAAAACCCCUGAUGACCGUGGACCUUCGGGACCAGUGUGAUGCAGAUGCAGAUUCAAUGAACAAGCAUCAGUCAAGCAAGAUAUUAUGCAGCUUUGGUCAAACUACUCACCUGACUUUUAGUUAUUUGAACUGCAGCGGUAAUUUUCUGCAUUAUGAU